AUGUCUCUGUCUUGCCGAUACGCAGCCCAAUGCUGCGCCCGUCAGCUGCGGGCGACGACGACCGUUCGCACCUCGACUGCUCUCGUGCAACACAGGAUAACGCGCCGAAACAACUCGACCGAGGCCAUCAACCCCAAGAUCGCCGGCAUCGUCGACCAGAUCAGCCAAUUGACCCUUCUGGAGACCGCAGACCUGGUAUCGAGCCUAAAAUCACGACUGAACAUCCCCGACAUGCCCAUUGGCGGUUUCGCCGCGGCUGCAGCUCCGGCGGCGCCGGCCGCCCAGGCUGCGGAGGCCGAGGAAGAGGCUGCUCCUGCUGCCGCGGAGAAGACUCUGUUCAACGUCAAGCUGGUCAAGUUCGACGCCGGCUCGAAGCCGAAGAUCAUCAAGGAGGUCAAGAAUCUGCUGGGAUUGAGCUUGGUCGACUCGAAGAAGUUCGUUGAAAGCGCACCCAAGAUGAUGAAGGAAUCUGUACCGAAGGAUGAGGCCGAGAAAAUCAUGGCGACGCUCAAGGAGCUGGGCGCCACUGUCGAGAUGGAGUAG